AGGCCUCAAAGGCUCAAACUCAUAAAGUUCAAACCCCUGCGUUCUCUGAGAACCCUAGUUUCUUCGUUUCCAUACUCAGCACUGUUAUCCAUGGAAUCCCGAGGAGUCAGGACGCUGCUACUUUUGUGUCGAGUCUAAUCCCCGAUUGGCAUUCACACCGCAAGCUCAACCAGUUCAUUACAGGUUUUGUAACUAUCCUUAGAAAAUGGCUCUUCCGCCCAUAGAGUGCAAAUACGUAACAGAUGACUGUGUUCGUGAAUGGAAGAGUGGCAACCCCUCUCUCAAGGUCUCUGAACCCGUCCCAUUGCUACGCUUUCUCUAUGAGCUUUGCUGGACUAUGGUUCGGGGUGAAUUGCUGUUUCCGAAGUGUAAAGUAGCACUGGAUUCUGUCAUUUUCUCGGAUAAAUCUUCGGCCGAAAAAGUAGCUUCAAAUUUCGCGGAUAUAGUAACCCAGAUGGCACAGGAUCAUACGAUGUCUGGGGAGUAUCGCACCCGUCUCAUGAAACUGGCAAGAUGGCUUGUGGAAUCUGAAGUGGUCCCAAUUAGGCUACUCCAGGAACGUUGUGAGGAAGAAUUUUUGGGGGAGGCUGAACUGAUCAAAAUAAAGGCUCAGGAUUUGAAGGGAAAAGAGGUUAGAGUUAAUACACGGCUUCUUUACCAGCAGACCAAAUUCAAUCUUCUUAGAGAAGAGAGUGAAGGCUAUGCAAAACUGGUCACCCUUCUUUGCCGGGAUACUGAAGCUCCAACCCCCAAAGCAGCUGCAGCUACCAUUGGCAUUAUUAAGUCAUUAAUUGGCCACUUUGAUUUGGACCCAAACCGUGUUUUUGAUAUUGUUCUUGAGUGUUUCGAACUUCAGCCUGAUAACAAUGUCUUCUUAGAGUUGAUUCCUAUUUUUCCUAAGUCUCAUGCUUCCCAGAUUCUUGGAUUUAAAUUUCAAUAUUAUCAGCGGAUGGAAGUCAGCAGUCCUGUACCAUUUGGGCUAUAUAGACUGACAGCCUUGCUGGUGAAGCAAGAAUUUAUUGAUCUUGAUAGCAUAUAUGCCCACCUACUUCCCAAGGAUGAAGAAGCAUUUGAGCAUUAUAACAUAUUUUCUUCCAAGCGCCUUGAUGAGGCUAACAAAAUUGGAAGAAUAAACCUUGCUGCUACUGGAAAGGAUUUAAUGGAUGAUGAGAAACAGGGGGAUGUCACUAUAGACCUCUUUGCUGCUUCAGACAUGGAAACUGAGGCAGUUGAUGAACGAGUACCUGAGCUUGAAAAUAACCAAACGUUGGGCUUGCUGACUGGCUUUCUUUCGGUGGAUGACUGGUAUCAUGCACAUUUUUUAUUUGAUCGUCUCUCACUUCUCAAUCCAGUGGAACAUACUCAAAUAUGUGACGGUUUGUUUAGGCUUAUUGAGAAAUCAAUUUCUUCAGCCUAUGAUGCUGUUCGUCAAGCACAUCUUCAAAACCCUGGAUCUUCUUUGAGAGGAAGCAAUGAUGCUAUGGAUGUAGAAAAUUAUUCCGGGCAUGGUUCUUUCAUAGACCUUCCAAAGGAACUUUUUCAGAUGCUUGCUUGUGUUGGACCUUAUCUCUUCCGUGAUGCUAUAUUGCUGCAGAAGGUUUGUAGGGCAUUGAAAGGUUAUUACCUUUCUGCCCUUCAGCUGGGAAGUGGUGGUGAAGUUGCCCUGAAUCCUGAACCUAAUGUGAAUAGAAAUCCUCGAUUACACCUCAAGGAAGCUAGGCUAAGGGUGGAAGAUGCUUUAGGGACAUGUCUCCUACCUUCUUUGCAGUUGAUUCCUGCCAAUCCAGCAGUCGGGCAGGAAAUUUGGGAACUUAUGAGUCUUCUUCCUUAUGAGGCUCGAUAUCGUUUAUAUGGUGAAUGGGAAAAAGAUGAUGAACGCAAUCCUAUGCUCUUGGCUGCAAGACAAACUGCCAAGUUGGAUGCCAGAAGGAUUUUGAAACGGCUAGCAAAAGAAAAUUUGAAGCAGCUUGGUCGGAUGGUUGCAAAAUUAGCUCAUGCUAAUCCUAUGACUGUACUUCGAACAAUUGUUCAUCAGAUUGAGGCUUACAGAGAUAUGAUUACUCCUGUAGUGGAUGCAUUCAAGUAUUUGACUCAGCUUGAGUAUGAUAUACUGGAAUAUGUUGUGAUUGAACGCCUGGCACUUGGAGGACGUGAUAAGCUAAAGGAUGAUGGUCUUAAUUUGUCAGAUUGGCUUCAGUCGUUAGCUUCAUUUUGGGGCCACCUGUGUAAGAAGUAUCCAUCAAUGGAAUUGCGGGGCCUUUUCCAGUAUCUCGUGAAUCAGUUGAAGAAAGGUCAAGGAAUUGAGCUUGUACUUCUGCAGGAGCUCAUCCAACAAAUGGCAAAUGUCCAAUAUACUGAAAACUUGACUGAGGAACAGCUGGAUGCUAUGGCGGGGAGUGAAACUCUCAGAUAUCAGGCAACUUCUUUUGGAAUGACUCGAAAUAACAAGGCUUUGAUCAAGUCAACUAGCAGACUGAGAGACGCAUUACUUCCCAAAGAUGAACCAAAGUUGGCAAUCCCCCUCCUAUUGCUUAUUGCUCAACACCGUUCGCUGGUUGUCGUCAAUGCAGAUGCACAAUACAUUAAGAUGGUUAGUGAGCAGUUUGAUAGAUGUCAUGGAACACUUCUUCAAUAUGUGGAGUUUCUUUGCAGUGCAGUGACACCAGCAUCAACUUAUGCUAAUCUUAUUCCUUCGCUCGAUGAGAUAGUCCACCUGUAUCACCUGGACCCAGAGGUUGCUUUCUUGAUAUACCGUCCUGUGAUGAGGCUUUUUAAGUGUCACAGGAGUCCGGAUGUAUGUUGGCCUCUAGAUGAUGUUAAUGCAACAAGUGAGGCUUCUACAAAUUCUGAGACUGAUCCUGUAGACCAUACUGGCAGAAUGGUUUUGGAUCUUGGCUCAGCUCAGAAGGCUAUAAGGUGGUCAGAUCUUCUUGAUACUGUCAAAACUAUGUUGCCUUCAAAAGCAUGGAAUAGCCUAUCCCCUGAUCUUUAUGCUACCUUUUGGGGUCUCACGUUAUAUGAUUUAUAUGUUCCAAAAAAUCGUUAUGAGUCAGAAAUUGCCAAGCUGCACGCUAAUCUUAAAUCUUUGGAGGAACUUUCAGACAAUUCAAGCUCAGCAAUCACUAAGAGGAAGAAGGAAAAGGAAAGGAUCCAAGAAUCUCUUGAUCGUUUGAGUAGUGAACUUCGUAAACAUGAAGAAAAUGUUGCGUCUGUUCGUAGAAGGCUGUCUCAUGAAAAGGACAAGUGGUUGAGUUCUUGUCCUGAUACCUUGAAGAUCAAUAUGGAGUUUCUUCAGAGAUGUAUUUUUCCACGCUGCACUUUCAGUAUGCCAGAUGCUGUCUAUUGUGCCAUGUUUGUGCACACCCUUCAUUCUCUUGGAACUCCAUAUUUUAAUACCGUCAAUCACAUAGACGUUCUGAUCUGUAAGACUCUACAACCAAUGAUUUGCUGCUGCACAGAAUACGAGGCAGGCAGGCUUGGCAGGUUUCUGUUUGAGACAUUGAAGAUUGCUUACUAUUGGAAGAGUGAUGAAACUAUUUAUGAACGUGAAUGUGGAAAUAUGCCAGGCUUUGCUGUUUACUACAGAUAUCCAAACAGCCAACGAGUUACAUAUGGGCAAUUCAUCAAGGUACAUUGGAAAUGGAGCCAGAGAAUCACAAGGUUACUCAUUCAGUGUCUAGAAUCUAGUGAGUACAUGGAGAUUAGAAAUGCUCUCAUAAUGUUGACAAAAAUUUCUAGUGUUUUCCCUGUUACGAGGAAGAGUGGGAUUAAUCUUGAGAAACGGGUGGCGAAGAUAAAAAGUGAUGAAAGGGAAGAUCUUAAGGUUUUGGCAACUGGUGUUGCUGCAGCAUUAGCUGCUCGAAAGCCUUCUUGGGUCACCGAUGAAGAGUUUGGAAUGGGUUAUCUUGAGUUGAAACCAGCGCCAGCUAUGACUUCUAAAUCAUCUCCGGGUAUUUCAACAGCCGUACAAAGUGGGACUGGUCCAAAUGUUUCUCAGAUGGAAUCUUCCAAUGGAAAACAUUUGGACUCUGGAAAUACUGUCAAGGAACAACUGGUUAGAACAAAACCUUCAGAGGGUAAGUCAGAAAGAACUGAAAGCUUUCCAGCCACUAAAUCUGAUUCUGUGCAUGUAAAACUCAAGGGUAGUUCAUUGGUGAAUGGACUAGAUGCUCAAUCAUCCUUGCCUUCUGCUGGACAUUCUGGGACAUCAAGAGCUGUAGAAAACCAAAAGCAAGUAGAUGAAUCCACAAACAGAUCAUUGGAUGAAAACGUGACCAGAGUGGCUGAGUCAAGAACUUCAACAAAACGCUCAGUGCCUGCUGGCCCACUUUCAAAGACCUCAAAACAAGAUCCUUUGAAAGAAGAUGGUAGAUCUGGAAAAUCCAUUUCUAGAACUUCUGCUUCCUCUAGUACUGACAAGGAUCUACAAACGCAUGCAUCAGAGGGAAGACAUGCUGGAACUACCAAUUCUUCUUUGAUGAAUGUUAAUGGUAGUUCUGCUUCUGCUUCUACUAAAGGUUUGGCUCCAUCGGCAAGAAUUUCGUUAGAUUCCAGUGGUAGUGAAUCAAGAGCAGAUGUUGGAGCUGUCAAGUCUUCUGAUAUGAGGGCUUCUAUGGUGAAGGAUGAUGGGAAUGAUGUUUCUGACUUGGUGAAAGGACCCUCAUCUCGUGUACCUCAUUCUCCAAGGCAUGAAAAUGUAGCUGUUGCUUCAAAAUCUGGUGAUAAGGUUCAGAAGAGAGCUAAUUCUGCUGAGGAACCUGACAAACUAGUUAAGCGCCGGAAAGGGGAUUCAGAGGCAAGAGAUUUAGAGAAUGAACCUCGAUUUUCUGAAAGAGAGAGGCUGAUAGAUAUUAGAUUGUCUGAUGACAAAUCAGGACCUGAUGAAUUGAGUGUCUACAGGGCAGGUGAUAAGCAACUGGAUAGGCUGAAGGACAAAGGCAAUGAGAGAUAUGAAAGGGAACACAGGGAAAGAUUGGACCGAAUGGAUAAGUCACGUGGUGAUGAGUUUAUAGCUGACAAAGUUAAGGAUAGGUCAUUAGAAAGAUAUAGUAGAGAAAGAUCUAUUGAAAGAAUGCAAGAGAGGGGUAAUGAACGGAGUUUCAAUAGACUACUUGAGAAGGCCAAGGAUGAUAGAAACAAGGAUGAUAGAAGUAAAUUGCAGUAUGGUGAUGCAACUUCAGAAAAAUCUCAUUCAGAUGAUCGCUUCCAUGGCCAAAGCUUGCCUCCACCACCCCCUUUACCACCAAAUAUGGUUCCUCAGUCUGUUAGUGCUGGUAGGCGUGAUGAAGAUGCUGAUAGAAGGUAUGGAGCUACAAGGCAUUCUCAGAGACUUUCUCCAAGGCAUGAAGAAAAGGAGCGGAGACGGUCCGAAGAAAAUUACUUAGUUUCACAGGAUGAUGCUAAACGUAGAAAAGAAGAUGAUUUCCGAGAUCGGAAGCGGGAGGAACGGGAUGGAUUGACAUUGAAGGAAGAGAGGGAAAGAGAGAGGGAAAGGGAAAGAGAGAAAGCAAACAUUCUGAAGGAAGACUUGGAUUUAACAGCUGCAUCCAAGAGGCGUAAACUCAAGAGAGAGUAUCUACCAACAGGUGAACCAGGUGAGUACUCGCCAGUGGCCCCUCCACCUCCUCCUGCUGGUAUGGGUAUGUCACAAGCAUAUGAUGGGAGAGACAGGGGAGAGCGAAAGGGGCCUGUAAUGCAGCAUGCAAAUUACAUGGAUGAGCCAGUUCUCAGGAUUCAUGGCAAAGAGGUUGCCAGCAAGAUGAAUCGUCGUGAUUCAGAUCCCUUGUAUGACCGGGAAUGGGAUGAUGAGAAGAGACAGAGAGCAGAUCAAAAACGGCGGCAUCGGAAGUAACGGUCCAAGAAAAAGUGGGGAGAUGGGAAAUUCCUUGUUGAACUCCUGGAAAGUUGUUCAUUUCUUGCGGCUGCUAUAAUUCUGUUUUGAUGAAAAGAGAAUACACAUAGGUGGUGGGCUCACUUCCCUUUUACGUUAAUACCCACCCGUUUUACUUCAAACUUGUACCAAUUUUACAGCUUCUGGCCCAGUCCGCGAGGGGGAAUAAUGAAAUAUUGAAUUGACUACUCCACUUGUAUAUAGCUCUGUAUAUUCUGCGCAUUCAUUGAUCUAAUCUUCUUGCCAAUGCAGUGUACCAUCUGAGUCCUGAGCACUUCACGGGUCCAUGCCAUGGCUGUAACCCCUAUUUGCUUUUCUUUGUUUGGUGAAAUAUAUCUUGAAUGUUCAUGAUUCAA